AUGGUUUCCGGGGCAAGGGAGAUAAUGAGAUUUGAAGAGAUGGAAGGUGAAUUAUCGGGACCAGCUCACCCGAUUCCCAAUGAAUCAUUAGACUGCGGGUGUGCUCAAUUGCCGUGUCCGAAAAUGGCCAAAUAUGCAACGAGAAAACUGUACGUGGGAAUUAUGUGCUGGAUCGGAGUAAUUCAGGCCGCUGGUCAAGCUUAUUUCUCUCUUACUGGUUCCACUGUCGCAAGAAGGUUCAACUUUCCUCUAAAUUCUAUUGAAUGGAUAACGUUGAUUAGUGAUGGGAUUGCUCCAUUUCUUCUGGCACUUCCUAUCGCUUACUGGGGCGACCGGAUCCACAGAGCAGCUUGGACAGGAGCUUUAGUGUUAAUCCAAAGUGUCGGGUUUUUCUUUAUUAUUAUUCCGCAUUUUAGUCAUCUUUCUCCGCGAGUUGUUGAAGAAACAACCAAUAUUACGCAUUUGUCACUUUAUUCAGAAGACAAUCCAGAGCUUUGUUCAGCAUCAGGACUCGCUCGAGUGUUUGUAGAAGAAGAGGGAAUUUGUUACUUCACUUUUACAGUUGUUAUUAUUUUCCAAAUAGUCAAUUGUAUGGGAAAUAUUGCGUACUUAGCACUUGGAAUUUCUUAUUUGGAUGACAACACUCGAAAAAGACACGUCGCCGUGCCUUUAGGAUUCCUUAUAGCUGUGAAAAUAGUAGGAACUCUUUUGGGAUAUCUGGUUGCUUGGGGAUGUCUUAGGAUAGACGCUAAUGAUCUGAGCCUUGGAAUCGAGUCUUAUCGUGAGCAAUUCGGUGCUUGGUGGCUCGGAUGGCCGAUUUUUAUGAUUCUUCUCGCUAUUCCUGGAGUUGUUCUUGCAUUAUUGCCACGGAGACUUCCUUCAGAGGUCGUCGAACAAGCAGCAGCUUCAAUUUUGGACAUUGCUGGACGCACGAGCCCUCUUACCGAAUCAACGGUAUCUGGAGACACUAAAAAAUUCGGUGACACCGACUUCUUUUCGUCAUUAAAAAGACUUUUCACCAACAAAAUCUAUCUGUGCAAUAUCUUCGCCAGUGUUUUAAUCAUUUGCGCGAUUGUAAACUUUGUACACUAUGAAGACUUAUUUUUAGAAUCGCGAUUUUGGCUCCCGCAGCCCUCAGGAGUACUUCUAGGAUUUCGGGAUCCGUUUACUUCGCGAAUUGUUGCGAGUAUUUUACGCCCGAUUGUUAUUGGAGUAGUUAUUAUUUGUUCUGGGUUUAUAAUUGCUAAGGUUCGCCCGCGAGCCAAGUGGUUAGUUUGCUACAAUAUUACAAUUGUAAUGAUUGCAGCAAUUAUUAUAUUUUCUUUAGCUUUUGUUGAUUGUAAGAAGCCGCCGAUUUCUGGAUCCCGCUCCGAUGGAUCGAUAUCUUUGCUGGAGUACUGCAACAAAAACUGUCGAUGCUCGAAGGACGCAAGCUUCAAGCCGAUCUGCGAUACCAGAAGCAAGAAAAUUUUCUACACUUCUUGUCAUGCUGGAUGUACAGGCGUUGAUACCUCGAGUGAGGUAAAAAAAUUCACCGGCUGCACUUGUAUAAACUCACCACUAGUACCUUACAAUAAUUCAGAAGUUAUUGAUGGCCUUUGCGACCCUUCAGUUUGCCAAAUCGGAUGGAUAGUUUUUGAGGUAAGCACAAUUUUGGCCUACACUCUCUUAUCAUCAGGAGUGAUAUCGAGUAUUCUGAUCAGCCUGCGUUCGGUAUUCACCCAGGACAAAGCUCUUGCAAUAGGACUGUGGAUAACUUUGGCAGCAUUUAUUACUUACAUACCCGGCAAAAUGUUCUACUGGCAAAUAACCGAUUGGACGUGUAUUCACCGCGGGGAUUCCCAAUUGUGUCACUUGCAGAGCUCUAAUCUCGGGUCGUAUUUAUCAUUCGCGACAUCAUUUUUACUGGUACUUGCGGUAGCAUUGGAUGUGUUAACUUACUUUUUCAGCUUUAAAUUAAGAAUUUAUCGUGAGAUGGAAUUAGAACCUCAUGACGUAGCUGAAAAUUCAUCACAGACACAACCUAUCCCACUUGAGUCACUUUCUAAACCAGAUGAUUCUGGUUCCGCGGCAAUUGGUUCUGGUUCUGGUGCGGCGACAUCAAGUGACGGUGGAGCAGCUGAUGCCGAGCCAAGCAUUCGUGCAACAAACCAUCACAAUUCAUCUGACAUUAUUGAAGUCACCAAUUCCGGGUUGAUUCAUAAAGCCAAUGGCCCUUUGAAGUAUGGACCCGUCGGCCCUGGAGAUUCCGACCAGUAUCAAGACCAAAACGAGGACCACGAUAGUGACCAUGAAUUUCGAAACAAACGGGCCCCAAUUUCAUUGACUACCAAUUCUUAUCGGCGUCUAGGACUGAAUUCGGACAAUGAUACCAGCGAUUCAAGUCGCGGAUCGGUCAAACGCUUCAGUGUCCACCAAGCAGCUGUAGAAACUCCGCUUACCAAGGAAGACCUUAAAAUGCAACAAAAUCCAGUGCUCGCUGGAUUUUCGCGCACUGACGAUAUAAAAUUCGUAAAAGUCGAGGACCACCGAAAAACCGGAGAUUUUAAUGAAGUUGGGAUUCCGAUUGUUCAGUAUCCACUGACCUCGCCAAAUUCCCGAAGCAUAGGGUCUAUUCUGAUCUCUCCGGAAAUGACGGAGCACGCGAGGAGAUUUAGGUCUAAAAACAAUCGGCCCAGAUUCCGGGAUGGUGAAACUGGCAGAAGUGGAGAAAGAAACAGGCCUUCAUCUUCUCAUCACACUUCUUCUGGGUUCGAAAGCUCGGUAUCAGAUCGACCCAAUGAUUCUAAAGCUGCUGAUGUCAGAAGAAUUUCAAAGUCUACUUCUAAUCUCGGUCAGCCAGCUUCUAAACCAAAACUCUACGGGUACACCACUGCCUUGUAA